AAAAGAAAACUUGGUUUGUGAAAGAGGAAGGAGAGAGAACUAUACGUGUCUUAGCAAUCAAUUCAGGAAGAUGACAGGAAACUUGGCUCACCUCACUCUUGCAUUUGGUGUUCUUGGCAAUAUUGUUUCAUUUAUGGUAUUUCUUUCACCACUGCCGACGUUUUAUAAAGUUUACAAGAAGAAAUCAACGGAAGGGUUUCAGUCGGCACCUUAUGUGAUCGGCUUGUUCAGUGCAAUGCUUUGGAUAUAUUAUGCAUUACUCAAGACCAAUGCCAUGCUUCUCAUCACCAUUAACUCGGUUGGAUGCUUCAUUCAAGGGUUCUACAUUUGCUUCUUCCUCUUUUACGCCCCAAAGAAGGCCAAAAUGGAGUGCGUCAAGUUAAUUGUGUUGUUGGUAAUUGUUGGGUUUGGAUUGAUUCUUCUGCUCACUCAGUUUCUUGCAAGUGGAAUUAACCGAUCGGUGAUAGUUGGAUGGAUUUGCCUCGUGUUUUCCUUAUGUGUUUUUGUAGCACCUUUGGGAGUCUUGCGGCAAGUGAUUAAAACAAAGAGCGUGGAGUAUAUGCCAAUCCUAUUAUCAGUCGCACUCACCCUCAGUGCUGUCAUGUGGUUCUUUUACGGUCUCCUUCUACGUGACUUCAAUAUUGCGAUUCCAAAUGUACUUGGAUUCACCUUUGGUAUUAUUCAAAUGAUCUUAUACUUUAUAUACAACAAUAAGAAGCUAGUUACGGAUGAAAAAAUGGCCAAUUUUGAAGAGAGAAUAAAGAAAAUGGAGGAACAAAAGAUCCCAGAACCAAAAGAACAGAAAGUCGUCAUCGAUGUUAAACAACAGAGUGCUUUGAUGUGUUCUAAUUUUCUUCCGAAUAUGGUUGCAAAAAUAAACAAAAGCGGAUGUGAAGAUGAUCGUGUGGCUAUCGAAUCUCAAGCUUGUCGAAAUGUGCCAAAUCAUACCAUAGAAGUCAUGGCAUGAGAACAUAUACUUCGAUGUGAUUCACAAAGAGACCGAUUUUAAGUAGACAUUGGUUGGAUCUAUCUUGUAAACAUAAGUUUUACUUUGUCUAUAUAAUUUGUGUUUUGUUUUCAAAGUUUUUUUUACCAUAUAAAGUGAAUCUUUUUACCGGGAGAACAAUUUUUGUUUAACUGGGUCGUGAGCUUUUUGGUUGUUGUUAC